AUGGAGGCAUCUCCAAUGUCAACAAGUCCGAGCCGGAUCUCAGAUGUAGAGACGGACGGCACUGCUACAAACUCCUCCUAUAAUGCCGUGAGGCAAACGUCCUCCUCAUCCUACGAUAGCCCGAGACGACACCAACAUCGCCAGCCGACUGCGCCACGCCAUGUCAAGGAAACACUCAAUGCUCACUCCGAAUACACAACAAGUCAAGAUGACGGCAGUGCGCAACACCGCAUCAACCAGUAUAUAAUUAAGCAGGAGAUUGGACGAGGCUCGUUUGGCGCAGUUCACCUAGCAGUGGAUCAAUAUGGCAACGAAUACGCCGUCAAGGAAUUUUCCAAGGCUCGAUUGCGCAAACGACAGCAGUCUCAUAUGCUUCGAAGACCACAGCGCCCAGGUACCGGAUUCAACUCACCCCUGCAUCGCCAUCCCUCCGGCACGGACGACUUGCAAAGCGGCCACCCCUUGGAUUUGAUUCGACAAGAGAUAGCAAUCAUGAAGAAACUCAAUCACAACAACUUGGUCUCGCUGAUUGAAGUCUUGGACGACCCCACGGAAGACUCCCUAUACAUGGUCAUGGAGAUGUGUAAAAAGGGGGUUAUCAUGAAAGUCGGACUAGAGCAAAAAUCUGAUCCGUACGAAGAUGAAAGAUGUCGAUUAUGGUUCCGCGAUCUCAUCCUCGGAAUUGAAUAUCUUCACUCUCAGGGCAUUCUUCAUAGGGAUAUCAAGCCGGAUAACUGCCUUCUCACGUCGGACGACGUAUUGAAAGUGGUUGAUUUUGGCGUAUCCGAAAUGUUUGCGAAGGACUCUGACAUGUACACAGCAAAGUCAGCAGGGUCACCGGCUUUUCUUCCUCCAGAACUCUGCGUCGUUAAGCAUGGUGAUGUAUCAGGCAAGGCUGCCGAUAUCUGGUCCAUGGGGGUAACUCUAUAUUGUUUGCGCUACGGCCGAAUUCCGUUCGAAAAGCAGAGUAUAUUUGAAUUAUACGAGUCAAUUCGCAACGAUGGGUUUGAUUUGGAGGACGAGCAGGAUGAGGAUUUUAAAGAUUUAAUGUACCGGAUUUUGGAAAAGGAUCCAGCAACAAGAAUCACCAUGCCGGAAUUGCGGAAUCACCCCUGGGUGACCAAAAAUGGUGAAGAUCCCUUGCUUUCAGAGGAAGAAAAUACGGCCCAGGUAGUUGAACCGCCCACGGAGGAAGAAAUGGUAUCAGCUAUUACACAUAGUGUGGAAAACCUAUUCACAGUGAUGAAAGCCGUCGGCAAAUUCAAAAGACUAGUAGACCCCUCAAAACAAGUGAUGCACAGCAUUCUCGGAGAAGAGCACGACUCACAUCUAGUCCAACCUCCAAUGCAAAUGGAUGACGAAGAUGAGGGCCCCGAGGGCCUGAGUUUAUUCAAGAAGAUUCUUAAGGAUAAAGAACUGGCUCGCCACAAGAGCUCAACGGCCAACACGUCGCGGGAUUCUUCGUUUAACGAACGAGAUCGAGGACGGUCACCCAAGAGACAAGGCUCCGAUAAUAGUUCCUCCAACAAUAAGCAAAGCAGGGCGCGUCUAAUAGCAGCAGCGACAGCAAUAUCAUCGUCAUCUUCACGCGCAGACACGCCAUCGCGAAGCAUGUCCGAAGCAACACGCGGCCAGGCACGAGACCCAUUAGAAGAGGAAGUAACAUUUCUGCACAUCGGCCCAUCAACAUUUACCGGAUAUCACGACGACGAGUACGAUAACAGCCCGUACCAUUAUUCACACGAGAGCACAAGUGGAAAACCACAAAGACCUGUCCUCCCUCCUCUCAACGUGCCAGACACAUCUAUAUACGGAAUCCCAGAAUUCCCUCAAACAACACACCCAAUCGAUCCCGACGCGGUACCCAUCGUCAGCGAAUCGCCAGGCGCCUCUGAAAUCGAUAUAUACGAGACCGCAUACCGUGAGGAAAUCGAGCGCAUCAAGAAACGCAGUAUUUCUUCCCGCCUCGACCCGGGGACAGGGGUAGCAGCCGGAGACACGAGCAGAGAAGGAAACGAACAAACACCAGCUACAAGAGUAUAUUUAACCCGGCGUGUUGAGAGUCAAAAGAAGCAUUUGGAUGAAGUUUUGCGAAUGGUUCAAGAACAUCAUCAACAACAUCAAGACCAAGCAGAGCAACAAAACAAAACCCCUGUUUCGACAGUCCUACAAGUCAGUGACGAGCACUCCGGGACAAGCCAGCGUGGCUUUUUGUAA